AGAGAGAGAGAGAGAGAAAAAAAAAAAGUUUUUUAAGAAUAUUUUAAGCUCACAAAUGUAGAUGAGAAAUUUAUAUUUUUGCCUAUUUUGCAGACUUGAAAUCUAAACCAUACACGUGGACCGUUGUUGUAAUCUAAUCAGUAAAUAGUAAACAGAGAGCAAAACUACUGGGAUCAGUGGGAAGAAGUAACGAAGAAGACGAAGAAGAAGAAGAAAAAAGCAAGAGAAAACAGACCAAACUUAGCAAGUUAGGAAGCUGUUAUCUAUUGGAGGCUCACAAAUGUUAAAGAGCUCAGACGGAAAGAGAGAGAAAAACAAUUAUUAGAAGAGUUAAAAUGCAGAUCUGUAAUCUGUUGGAGGCUGGUGCUGCCAUAUCCUUCUACAGUCAACUCCAAAGUCAGGGUGUUCAUUUGAACACCCUGCCUUCAAAGUGGCGCCGCCACUGGACAUUGGUGAAAAAUGUGAGCUUGGAAUGGAAGAUUGGGAAGGUGUGUUGUGUGAGUCCUCAUCAGGUCAAGAAAAGUCUAUUAUGGGAUUGAUUAUGGGGGACAUUGAAGACCCAUCUCUGGGUCUCAACAAACUCUUGCGUCAAGACAAUGACAUUGAAUUCAACUCAGGUUUUGGUAUCAUAGAUCAAGCUGCUGCCUUUGGCUGUCUUGAAAUGUCCAACAAUUUGUUGCCUAGCAUUGACCCUUCUGCUGAUUUUCCAUUCAAUGGUGGUGGCACCAAUGCAACCAGGCUUGGCUCAGUUUCGACCCCAAAUCACAGCCCCAUGUUCUCUGUUGCAACAAGUAAUAACCUUUUGCCGGUCUCUCUAUCUCAUUUACCAGCCAUGUUUCAUCAACAACAACAACAACAACAACAGCAGGUGCAAACAAUUGAAGAUGUAGAUGAGAAGCCACAGAUUUUCAAUCCACCGAUGAUACAACAGAAUCAAGCUCAGUUUGCUCAAAACCAGGCUUUGUUUAUGCCUUUAACAUAUGCCCAAUUGCAAGAGCGUCACCUUGUUUCACCACCACUGGCGAAAAGGCAUAAUCUUGGGGGUAUUGAGCCUAAUUAUCAGGUACCCAAGUUGCCAUUUUCUGAACCGGGGCAAGAGCUUCUUCGAAGGCAGCUACAACAACAGCAAAAUCAGCUUCAGAUGCUUCCUCAACAUAUCCAGCAGAGGCCAAUGAUGGUUUCAAAGCAGAAAGUGGUGUGCAAUGAAUUGGCAAGCCAACAGCAACAGCAUUCACAGCAAUUGUUAUUUGAUCAGGUAUACCAGUUAGCAGAGCUGAUAGAAACUGGGAAUAAUCCGGUACGUGCGCAAGGGAUAUUGGCGCGGCUCAAUCACCAGCUCUCUCCAAUUGGUAAGCCUUUUCAAAGGGCUGCUUUCUAUUUCAAGGAGGCCUUGCAAUUGCUCCUUCAUAAUACUAAUAAUACUAAUUGUAAUGCUUCUUUGAGUUUGUCAUCCCCACCACCACCCAUUAGUCUUAUUUUCAAGAUUGGUGCAUACAAAUCAUUCUCAGAAGUCUCUCCUGUACUUCAGUUUGCCAAUUUUACUUGUAACCAAGCUCUUCUUGAAGCCUUGGAUGGCUUUGAUACCAUUCGCAUUAUUGAUUUUGAUAUUGGGUUUGGUGGGCAGUGGGCUUCUCUUAUGCAAGAGCUUGCCUUGAAGCAAGGCAAUGGUCCAGCUCUUAAAAUCACUGCAUUUGUAUCCCCAUCCACACACGAUGAACUUGAGCUCGGUUUCACUCAAGAAAACUUGAAACAUUUUGCGACUGAGAUAAAUCUUGCAUUUGAGUUUGAAUUUUUAAGCCUUGAGUCCUUGAACUCUGGUUCUUGGCCACUGCCCCUUCAUGCAUCGGAAAGUGAGGCAAUUGCAGUGAAUCUGCCAAUUGGUUCCUUUUCCAACUACCCUUUAUCCCUUCCUUUGGUUCUUGGCUUCGUGAAGCAGCUCUCACCGAAAAUUGUGGUCUCUUUGGAUAGAGGUUGUGAUCACACCGAUGUCCCAUUUCCCGACCACAUAAUUCAUGCUGUUCAAUCUUAUUCGGGUCUGCUUGAAUCGUUGGAUGCUGUUAAUGUCAAUCUAGAUGCCUUGCAAAAGAUUGAGAGGUAUUUGCUGCAACCGGGAAUUGAGAAAACUGUGUUGGGUCGCCGCUCACCUGAUAAAAUGCCUCCAUGGAGGAGUCUAUUUUUGUCAUCUGGAUUCUCCCCAUUGACAUUCAGCAACUUCACCGAGUCCCAAGCAGAGUGUCUGCUUCAGAGGACUCCAGUUCAGGGAUUCCAUGUCGAGAAGAAGCAAACUUCACUUUGUCUCUGUUGGCAGCGAAGGGAGCUUAUCUCAGCUUCAGUUUGGAGGUGCUGAGAAGAGUAGCAUUUGGAAUUGGUUUUACAACUACCAAUUAAUUUUUAUUGCUAGGGUGCUUCAUAACUUACUGUUUUAGUUGAUCUUUCAAAAAAAAAACUCUCUCGCUUAUGCUUCACCUAUGCUAAUUGUCUAUGCACAUUAGACCCAUUGUUCCCAAUCAAGAAACCAAAUAUUUUAGUAA